AUGGUAUUGGCCGUGGGGACGAGUCCCGUGGAUAGAACAAGAGACUGUGGAGAAUACAAUUUGUGUCAUCAUUGAUAUUAUCUCUGCUUUCAAUCUUCAAGAAGUGUCAGUCAGCAAAAAGGAUUAGAAGAAAAUAACCCAAGCAGAGUUGCAGCUUUCAUGGCACGAGCUUCAACUUUCGUCAGAAGAGUGGUUGAAAGCUUUGGAGCAUUUAAGUUCUACAUCGGACACAGUCAUGAUCUAACUGCUGGGGUGAUUGCUUCAUAUUACAAAGAAGCAGAUCCAGCUCCAUACUUACUUUAUAUUAGUGAUGGAUUGAGAGAAGAGAGGUUUUAA